AUGAUCGACGACAACCAGAGGUGGGGAUGUCUGCAGCUCUCACCCAGACACUUCAGCCUGGCAGGCGUCGGUUGGGAGACCCAAAUGAACGAGAUUGUGAAUGAAAUGGUGAAGCCAGCACUUCGCCUUCCGAAUACAGUGAGGGUGGAGCCAAGACUAAGCAAGCUUCUUCUGUACGAUGCUGGUGGCUUCUCCAAAUCCCAACACCGGGACAUGGGGAAAUCGGAGGCCAAGGGCUCCUUCGGUACUUUGAUGAUUGUGCUCCCAGCAGCUCACUCGGGAGGUGAACUGAUCGUGCGCUAUGCGGGCCAAGAAAGCACCUUCUCCGUUGCAAGAGACGGCCUGUACAAUAUUCACUGUGCCGCCUUCUUUGCGGGAUGUGAGCACGAGAUUCUGCCCGUCCGGACCGGCUUUCUUCUGACGCUCGUCUAUGACCUAGUUACACAGGGCUCUACGUCCGUCCCACAACCCGCUGACAACACUCAAGCCGUGACGACGAUUCAAGAGUUGAUGAGCGCCUGGAGCCAGGACGCCCGCGGGCCCCGGAAGCUCGUGAUUCCGCUCGUGCACAGAUACACCGAGAGGAGCUUGUCCUUCGAAAACCUCCGGGGAACAGACAUUGCCAUUCUCGACGCUUUGCUGCAAGCUGCUGCGUGCCCUGAAAGUCAACAUUUUCACAUCGACGUCGGUAUGCUGCAAACAUGCCUUUCACGCUACCAGCACGAGACGCACCCUCGAAUGGAACUCAUACACAUGAAAGGAUGCGGGGGAGAGCUGGGAUGCUAUCUCCGUAUCGGAGUCAACACCCCAGAGCUGCUUCCCAGGAGUGCUCCCCACCACCAACUUCUCGACGACGAAGAUGCUUGGAACUCUUCCGGAACCUACGGGGCCGCAGCUAUAGUCUGGCCGUUCAACAGGCGUUGGGAAGUGCGCAGCACCAGCAAUCCGGUCGCAGCGCUCGCGGAAGCAUGUUGGCUGUCGAGAACUGUAGUAGCCCUGCCGCGCCUUCUCGAGGAUGCGUGCCUGGCCACAGGCCGCUUCUCUCCCGGCGAAGCCCAGACUGUGGCCGACCUGGUGCUCGAGCACGGCCAAGUUCACGCCGUAACAGAGCUGUCGUGUGCUCUCAAAGCUCUGGCAGUGCACGGAGCAGAUCGGCUCUUCGGCCCGUCCGCGAGAAGCUUGGUUCACCUGAUCAUCCGUCAUGGUGACGUGGAGCUAGCGAAGGCUUUCCUCCAAGCAUACGCCAGCCAGGUUCUGGACCGCCACUUGUACCAACUCGGCAUCGUGCCUCCCCUCGGAGUCAAGUUUGGCUGGAAAGCUUUGGGACCGCUCAUCGUGCGCGCCGUCCUACACGCGUUUGCUCUGCACUUCCAAUGCGGUUUCUGGCUUCUGCUCGAGAUCGCUCCGCCGCAACAGGAGCACAAGUCGCAAGACGCAGGCACAGCGGAACCUCGCCCAGUUACAUGCGAAAUCGAGAAAGGGCUGGCUCGAGGAAGCAAAACCAGUGACGGUCAGGUGUCAUGCCAACCAGACAGUGAGCGAGAAGCAAUGUCUCGACAAGCUGUGGAAGCCUUCGUGGCAAAGGUUUGCGGUCGCGAAGCGCAAACGUUUUUGGGUCUUACCCACUGCCCGCCGAUGCCUGAUCUUCGGGAAGUGCGAGUGAUCGGACUGUAUCUGAGGGUGGUUGAGCGGUUCGGGUGGGAUAUGAUGGCGCCGGCAACUGAGGUGAUCGUCAGAGGGUUAAUUUUUGACUCACAAUCGGCGGCCGACCUUCUCUCAACGAUGAUAGCGGCAGGGAUCGAACUAGAGCGAGCGGCUAAGCGUGAACCUGGGCAAGAUUCCCUCAAAAGGCUCGUCGUCGUCGCCGAGAGGUUCCACAAACACUACGCGGGCAAAUAG